AAGCUUGAGCAGCCAAUGGAAUUUUACAUAUGUCUUCAGCACGGCGCAGCUUGACUGUUUUCUUUUUACCGAAGUUUUCACCGCCACAUAAAGAGCGUAACGACAAUUUGCAACCAAGAAAACUUGAACGAGUUCUCGUCCGAAAUUCUGUGCUUCCUUCAUCGACAGGGUGCAUCUAGCUUUUCUUCUGAAGUGUCGAAGUGCGCAUGUCAACAGUACGCCAUUUUUGAUCUGUGUUGGGUCGGAAGGGCGUCUUUCGUGGUGAAUAAAGUGGACAAGAACCUUUCCUUCUCAGAAGAAAACGACGCCGAGCAAUUUUCUACCUUUUUCCAGUUGAAAAAUAUGCUGAGAGAUGUAGAGUUGGCAGGAGUGCCAUGGGUAGGACGGGCUGCGAGCGCAGGCCUGUAGGGGGCCCCCCUGGGGGACUGCAGCCCCGGUAGUGGGCACUGCCAGCCCCCCACCCUUUGCUGCCCCCUUCCACCUCCUCCUCGGAAGAGAGAGGAGAGGAAGGACCUAGCAGCAUGCCGUCCUUCUCGCGCCUCGGGAACCUCAAGGACCCGGAGCUUGCCGAGCUAUUCGACAAGGAUGACCCCGACAAGAUCUUUGUGGACCUCCGCGAGAUCGGCCACGGCAGUUUCGGGGCUGUCUAUUAUGCCCGGAACGUCACGACCAAAGAAGUUGUGGCCAUUAAAAAGAUGUCAUUUACAGGCAAACAGUCAACAGAGAAAUGGCAAGACAUCGUCAAAGAAGUGAGGUUCCUGCGCCAGUUAAAGCACAAGAACACAAUAGACUACAAAGGAUGUUAUUUAAAAGAGCACACCGCAUGGCUUGUCAUGGAGUACUGUCUUGGGUCCGCAUCAGAUAUCAUUGAAGUUCACAAGAAGCCUCUGCGGGAGGAGGAGAUCUCUGCUAUAUGCAAGGAUGGCUUGCAAGGUCUGGAGUACCUGCAUUCACUGGGCCGCAUACAUAGAGACGUCAAGGCUGGCAACAUCCUGCUCACCGAAAAUGGCACAGUCAAGCUUGCGGACUUUGGCUCGGCGUCCAUGAUCUGUCCGGCCAACUCCUUUGUGGGCACGCCGUACUGGAUGGCGCCCGAGGUUAUUUUGGCCAUGGACGAAGGCCAGUAUGAUGGGAAAGUGGAUGUCUGGUCCCUGGGGAUCACAUGCAUUGAACUGGGUGAAAGGAAGCCUCCCUAUUUCAACAUGAAUGCCAUGAGUGCCUUGUACCAUAUCGCCCAGAAUGACUCGCCCACACUCAGUGGAGGGGAAUGGUCGGACGUCUUCAGGCAUUUUGUAAAUUCCUGCCUGCAGAAGAACCCUGCAGAUAGGCCCACAGCCGUCAACCUAUUACAGCAUCCAUUCAUGACGCGGCCACGCUCAGGCAAGGUGAUAGUAGACCUAAUCCAGCGGACAAAGGCAGCAGUUAGGGAACUGGACAACCUCAACUACCGCAAGAUGAAGAAAAUUCUCAUGAUUGACUCGCAAGAGAACAACGAGGCCAACGCAGUGGAGGCUGAGGAUGACUCGACAGAGGACGACCAAGUGAGCACGGGGGGCAAUGGGGGCAGCAGUGCGGGCAACGGUGGGGGCGAAGGCAGCAAGAGCAGCAGCCUGCGCUCCAACCAGAGCCAGCAGAGCAGCAGCAAUGUGAGCGCGGGCAGCCACAGCAGCAGCACCAGCAGCCUGCCCCCAGCCUCGGAGAUGGACUCGUACCCACCUUCCUCUUUCCGGCAUCCGAGGGACAGUAAUUCAUCGUCAACCAGCUUGAAUAGUACAGAAGCAGGGGCCACUAAUAAUUUUGCAACGAUACGGACAACAUCUAUAGUGACACGUCAAAUGAAGGAGCAUGAGCAGGAGAACCAGAUGCAUGAACAAAUGUCGGGCUACAAGAGGAUGCGGCGCCAACACCAGAAGGCGCUAGAGCAGAUGGAAGCAAAAUGUAUACAAGAGAUGGAUGAUCACAAGCAGAAGCUUGACAAGGAAUACGAAACUUUGUUACAGCAGUUUAGUAAAGAACUAGAAAAAUUACAAAUGAAGCACCAACAGGAUCUAGAGAAAAAGCUGAAGCACAACCUGGCCGGGGAGAAGCGGCUGACACGCACCAUAGCGCAGCAGCAGGAGGAAGAGACGAAGCGCUUCCAGCAGCAGCAGAAGGUUGAGUACAAGUACCUCAAAGAAAAGCUCAAGAAGGAGCUCAGUGACGACAGCAGUGGCGGGGGCGAUGCCGCCCUGCGGGGCCACAAGGCGCAACUGCAGCAGCGACAGGCAGAGGCCCUGGCUCGGCUGCAGCGGCACCAGGCAGACUAUCUUCAGCUGGAGGUGCGCAAGUACCGGCGCCGGCGCCUGCUGCAGUACCACCGGCUCGAGCAGGAGCUGCUCCGGGAGGAGCUGGCCAAGCGGCAGAGCCAACUAGAGGAGGCGCACUCCAUGCUCCUACGGCACCACGAGACCACACAGGAGUUGGAGUACCGGCAGCAGCGGGGCGUCCACCAGCUGCGGGAGGAGCAGGUGCGCAAGCAGCACCAUACAGAGCUGGCCAACCAGCACGAGUACUGCUCGCGGAGAGAACGGGAGUUGCACAAGCGGCACGCGCAGGCCGUCAAGCAGCAGCCCAAGAGCCUCAAGCACAAGGAGCUGCAGAUCCGCAAGCAGUUCCGCGAGACGUGCAAGAUCCAGACACGCCAGUACAAGGCGUGGAAGAACCAGAUGCUGGCCUCAACACCUAGGGACGACCAGAAGGCGGUCAUCAAGAAACUCAAGGAGGAGCAGAUCCGCAAGCUAGCCAUCCUGGGCGAGCAGUACGAGCAGAGCAUUGCCGAGAUGCUCCAAAAGCAGUCGAUCCGCUUGGACGAAUCUCAGGACACAGAAGUGCGCCAGCUGAAGGAGCAAUUGCAACAGGAGUUGGAGCUUCUCAUGGCCUUCCAGUCCAAGAUCCGCAUGCAGGCCGAGGCCCAACGCAACCGGGAGCGCCACGAGCUGCAGGAGCGUGUGUCGGUGCGCAGGGCCUUGCUGGAGCAGAAGAUGGAGCUAGAGAAGCAGCAGUUCCAAGAAGAGAAAGCUGAGCGGCAACGACUGCUGUGCGAGCGGCAGUUGCGUGAGAUCGAGGCCUUUGACGAGGAGAGCGCCCGCAUGGGCUUCAAUCCGGUCGAGAUAGCGGAGGCCUCCCGGGAGUCCUUAGGUUCGUCGGAUGCAGACAGCCUGGCUGGCAGCACCCUCAGCCUAGCCCACAGCAACAGUGCCAGCUCCUUCACCCACACGGCCCUCUGAGGCAACUCCCCCUAUCCUCACCUCCCCCUCUCCUCGUCACACAUUGCAGUGGUCGGUCACGGCAGUCUGCCACACUCACGCAGGCCAGUGUGGAGUUAUUCAAACACAAUAUUGCCUGGUGCAAGGGUGGUGUGCCGCAUGCACUAGGCUGUCUUUUGCUUGUGGACGCAACUUCCCGCAGACCUCGUGGGUAGUAGGCACUAGAAAGAAGUACAACACCUUGGCCAGGAUUUUGUAGCGAUACCUUUUCCGAUGCUAUUCCUUUUUCACUUUUCACACAUCAUCAGUGAUCAUAGCGACGCUUCGUCCGCAUUACCAGUAGGAUCAACCGGCCGUGAAUGGUGGUUGAUAUCAGUUGCAUAUAAUCGAGUGGAAGGAACCUCUAUAAAAUCGCAGCCCUAUUCGUUCAACUGUUCAUUUGUCUGAAGAAAGUAUUCAAGGUACUGCAGUCAUUGCAGAGAUUCAAGAUUUCUUUACAGUAUAAAGCAUGCGAGAACUGUGAAAAAGAAAAAGAAUUCUUUUAGUGCCAGAAUGGAGGUGCCACACUUGAGAUCUGCGAGAAGCAGCGAAUGAAGUGUGUGUCAUUGCUGCUCAUGGUGACGCCUACUCUGGCAUGCUUCCCAUUUUGGAUCAUACCUCCAGGUGCUAUGUGCCUGAAGCUGUGCAGUACAAGGUUGUUAAAAGGCUUGUCUUGCCGAGUCGAUUAUGUUCACUUGGGAGGAACUUUCAAGAACUCCUCGCUCUGCUCAGAUAGGCAGUGUGGAGAAUAUUGCUCUCUCUCUCUCUCUCUCUCUCUCUUUCUCUCUCUCUCUCACGCUCGCUCACACACAAUUUCUUUUUUGUUGCAAUCAAAUGGUAGUUUCGCAUGCCAUUGUGACAGAAUGGAAUUUCUUUAUAGAUAAACCUGCAGCUGGUCAGUCCUCCCUAAGUGUUGCAAUUCAGAGCUGCAAGCAGGACAUGCAUUCCAGGUCAUACUAGCACAUUCUGCACUGUUUCGGUUAUACACUGCAGUCAAAUAUUGAAGAAGUUAGGUGAAAAAAUCUUGUUUGUUAUAUCGGAUGAUUAUUAUAAGAGUAGACACGAUUGGGUCCAGCAGUUAUAUUUCUGGGGCUUCCUUUUAGUACCAGAAAGGACCAAGCCGUUACUUUAUUUAUAUAACUUCCAUUUGCUGUUCAUGAAUGAUGCAAGCACUGUUGUGCAUCAGAUGAAUCAAGUGUACAAAAGAGUGUGAUUACUAGUUGCUUUAGGAAAUGUUUUAAAUUUUUUGUUGCCGGUUUACAUAUUUUAAGCUACCACUGGGAUGGUAUGCCAACAGGCCCUGCAUUUUUGGCUACAUUAUAAGAGUAGAGCACUAAUUUCCCUGAGGCAUAGCUAACGAAGCUUUAUAUUUCCUUUGUUGUAUCUGAUAGUUCGUUGCAUUAGUGUUUGUUAUGUCAAAAUUUGACUGUAUUACAUUUAGCUGCCGUAAAGCUCACAGUGCUUAGGUUCUUCACGUUUAUGAAGUGACGCUGCUGGUUAUACUUUCAGCACUGUGGUAUCUAAUGCAUGGAAGGAGGGUGCCAGAUUACUGUGUAGUCCACAUCAUAUGGAGCACUGCACCAAAUUCUUUUUUUUAUCAUGCAGUGCUGUUUAAUUGCUACUACAGCUGGCAAUAUUGCCCCGUUUGUGGAGUCGGGCCUAUCAUUUUGUUCAUGCCAGCGUCACCUAGUUUAUCAUGAAGGAAUUAAUGAAUGCAUCAAUUAUUUUUGUAAAGCUAGUUAUGGCCUAAUUAAUUGGAAAGAGGUGUGUAUGGGGCACAGGAGGGAAAAGGGACAGUCUGGGAAUCAGUGGCCAUAAAAAUAUGCAUAUAUUAUUAUAAAUUUUAGCUCACUUACUGCGAGAGGCAGUUUUGAGGCCAUGAAACAAGAAGUAGGGAAGAAGUUAAAAUGCUUAUAGUACAGCUGGAACAAAAUCUCUCUCUCUCUCUUCUCUCCCUCCUUUUGGUCUUGUGACAAAAACACACACACACACGAACUUCUGAAAGCUUUGGUACUUGAAUAAGAUGAGGAAAAGCCAAUUUGAAAUUUGAUAAUCUAGAAAAUGUUUUGUAUCGUAAUGCAUAAGGAAUUGUGUGGCUCAUCAUUCUGCCAUAGGGUGGGGUCUGAAUGCUCAUCGAAGACAUGCCUUUUAGUUCAGCAUAGCAAUGCAGUAAAGCUGGAUUGUAACACUUAUCAGGAAAAGUAUGUUUAGCUAAUCUGUUAUGUCUUCAAUAGGUAUUGUGAGGUGCAAACUGCAAAAAAAAUGGUCAUAAUUCACAGCCAAAGCCUCCAGUCUGCAGUUAAGAACUGCUCUGUUUGGGCCCCAUACUCAAUUCAAGAACGUCCCUAUCAGUUGCAGGCUUCAUAUUUAAACCGUAAAGUUCUUGCAUUUCUUCCUAGUUUCUGAAUCUCGAACACCUUUGCAAAAUCCAGCUUUAUGUGUCCAGCUGACCUGGACCCCUUUUAGAUGGACAGCUUCACUCGUGGUUUUGUGCAUACAGCGCAGGCAAGCUUACGGUCAAUUCCACUGGCUGGUUUGAAAUACUAUUAAAAAGGCAUGCUCAUAUUGUAGGCUCAUUUUGUGGAAGAUGCAGUAGCUUUUACUGAUAUAUUUAAAACUAGACUGUCUAAUCUAGUGACGAAACAUGUGACUGUGCGCAUAUUCUGCUAGACGAGCACCCAUUCUUGUCUGCGGAGUGGAAGAAGAAAUGGUUGCUCCCCAAAUGAACCAGCGGAAUUCUCCAUUUAUUGCAACACUUGUUUGCUCCGUACGUGAUUUCAGUUUGUUCGUGGCACCAUGCAACAGCGAGCGAGCGAAGCGCAUUGUCACACGUGCACACACCUCCGCAGUCUGCGCAUUCUCGUUUAUUAUAAACCUGACGAGACAGUAACCAGAUAAAGAAAUGCUGCCAGGUGUUUAUGGCUGGCCCUGGCCUUUGGUGGCAGACUGCCUGGACUGUCCCGUAGGUCUGACCAUGUUGAUGAGUGAUUGCCCCCUUUACAAAGCCCUUCUUGUUGUUGUAACUGGCACCCCGAGGCUGCCGUGGCAUGGUUGGUGGAGUGUUGACCUGACCCUUGGUUGUUUUCCUCCCCCGAUAUUUUUGGUCAGUGCAGUGCAUUCUGUGUGCAGGGCACGCUGCCGCGCAUCCCACUCAGGAGUGCCAUUGAAAGGUGGUCUGUAGUUCUUUUUAUUUUUUUUAAACAAGUGUGGCGGGGAGAGAAAAGUGCGAAUACUAUAGGUCGAUUUUCUUCUUUCUGGUGCGUUACUUUUUUUUUUUUCAUUCUCUUUUUUUUAGCGCUUUUUUUCCUCUGCCCAUUUUUUUGUCUUGAAACCCAUUCAUUUUUUUUUUCUAAGGGCAUGCCAUUUUACGGUGCUAAAAACUUUUAUUUUUUAUUUUGAAUGCUGUACCCAGUGCCCUCUGCGUCCUUUACAUAGUUUCCCUUUUAGUGCGACAUUUUUUUCCAGCCCCCCCCCCCCCCCCCCCUUUUUUUAUAAUGUGCUUCUGUUGGCCUUUCUUGACAAACAAGGCUGGUACCCUUCCCCUUCUCCCCUUUCUUUUCCUUUUUAAUAGGACUUACUGUGCUCUACUCCUUGUGGCCAGUCCAAGUAGUCUUUGAUUGGUUCAGUUUUCUUUUCUUUUUUAAUAUAUAUUUCAUUUUUCCCUCCCCCUUAAUUUUUCUGGUGCAAAGCUGGCAUUGACAUUCAGUGCCUCUCAGUUCUGGCAGAAAUAGUAACUUGGAAAAAUCCGGUGCAGUGUGCGCUGCCAAAGUCGCAAAGUUUCUUGGAUGCCAUUUUGAUGCCGUUGAGACACUGUAUGCUUCCUCUGCUCAGUUUUGAUGAUCAAAUUGUAGUAGUCUGAGGGGUGUUAAAAAAAAGAAAAGAAAAAGAGAGAUUCGUGCAGUGACAACUUGGUUUCUGGAUUGCGGCCGCUUUCAUGCAGCCUGCAAACCAUAGUUUUACUAAGUAAGUAAGAAUGCACAAAGUGUACAAACAUCUGUGCUAAAUGUUAGCAAUGUUGAAUCUGGCCACCCGGGUGUGUGUCAGGGUUUUUGAAGAAUAGCAGCGAAACUCUCAUCGUCAUGCAGGAGUUUUAUGUCUGUGAACCUCAGUCCUUUGGUUGUUUUGCUUUCUCUGCAAAACAAAUGUCCUCUCACACCUUAAACCAAGAUUUAUAGAUAGCCUGCAUGUGCUAGCCCUUUGUCUGAGCAGCAGCUGAACAAAGCUUCUUUGGAUGCGACGCUGCCUGGGUAUUGACGCCCAUUUUAGCAGUCUUUAGGCUGUAGCUCUAAAGCGGCAACCGGACUGAAUAUAGGUUUGUCUGAUUUUGAAAAGCUCUAGGCAGGGCAGGUCGGGCUGUGCCAGGCGGCACCCACUCGCUGCCAAGUUCAAGGGCGCACUGCACUGCGGCGGCACCUUGGUGCGCCUUACCUUGCACCUUGUGCAACUGAAGAAGGAAGCGCAGGGUGUGCCGCGGCACAUCGAACAGUUGAGGACAUAAGUGCAGGGAAUAUUGAUUGCAUUGAAUAGACCUUAUAUUUCUGAUGUGUAAUUGAUGCAUUGUUGCCAGUGUGUCCAUUUUGCUCAGUGCCGUGACCGUACUGCGAUCCCUGUCGGAAUGUGUUCCCCGUGGUUACCAGUUGAAGCUGAUAUCACGCGGUGUUCAUUUUAACUCGUUAUAACAUUGUGGUUACUGUACUGUGCAAAAUGGAUAAUCCGGCGUCUUGUGACACCAAGCCCCCUUCAAAAAAAAGAAAAAAAAUAUAUUCAUGUGGUUGCCGCUCAAAUUUAGUGCAUCUCGAUUUCUGUGCGUGCAUACUGAAGAAGCUUCUCUUCUUAUUUCUGCUCGGAAUUGGGCAGUGGUGAACAGAGUUCAAGUGCCAUACAUUUCGUAGGUCUUGCGUUUAUAACAAUUUUGGCCUAAAAUGAAAGGAAAAACCCAUGUGACAACCCUUCCUACAAGCACACGCACACACACACACACAAAAGAAAAGCAACAAGUGCAGAUUUUGUAAUGCCUAUAUUAGAAGUCAGUGUCAUGCAGGUGCCAUUCAAUUUGCUGUUGCCAGCGAAAGUUUGCAAACCACGGUACAAAUUAAAAAAAUAUAUAUAUUACUGCAGCCUAGGCAUGCAACAUGCCUCCGGGGAGCUGGAAGUGUCCGAACUUGGGUGUCAUGUAGUCACUAAAGUGCCGCAUCCCUCAAUGUCUGGUUGCGUACACAAAGUGGCUUGGAAGCUUUAGUUCUUUCAAUGCUCCCACUGUCACAACACUUUUGCUGGUAACGGUACAAGAGAUUGCAGUACCACAAGUUGCUCUUUUUCUAAACAAAAACAAAAAAAAUGGAACCUUUUGGACGAAUGGCCAUUUGUUGCUGCACAUGCACUUGUCUACAGCGGUUGCAGUGAGCCCUGCUCGAUGGAAUUGUGGUCAUAUUUCUGAGAGCAGGAAAAAGAAAUUGUGAAAAGCUAGCGCACUGUUCACAUACAGCUCAAGAUGUUCUUGUGCACUUUGUUGCUGUCAUUUUAUACGAGCCUAGUAGAUGGAUGUUCAAGACGAACAGUCUUCCGUUUCAGUGACGAUGAGUGCUUGGAGAUUUUGUAAGCUGCCCAUUCCUUUUUAUGUCCGCCUUCUCUCUGUCCCUCAAUUUUUUAUUUUUUUUUCCCUAGGCACAUUAGAAGCACCAAACAAAGAAAAACUAUUGGGGCAUGCUACCUACACUUUUAUGUUGACCCCAUAAGUUUUUGUUUUUCUUCAUUAUUGUGUGCUACUACCAACUUGGCCCCUGCCCAACAGUUCUCCUCUUGAUGUAAAUAGUGCUGUAUAAAAAAAAUACAUCAACUGGGUUGUAUAGACAAGGUCACAUGCACCUUUGCCAGUGAACGAGCGAAUAAAUGAUUUCGGAAGAAA